AUGACCUUCGUUCAACUUAUUGGAUACGGUGUGCUUACCCUUGUAGUAUGGAAAUUCGUUCAGAGACGCGUCUCCAGAAAGGCAAACGCCCUAGAUGUUGCAGGCCCAGAAAAGGAACACUGGUGGAAAGGCAACAUGGUGUCGAUGUGUGUGGACGGUUUCCAACGUUGCUUAGAUGUUGCCGCAGAUUAUGGUGGAGCUGUUAAGAUCCAUGCAUUGUUUGGUGAGGAAUGGCUGUAUGUAUCAGACCCACGCGCGCUCCAUCAUAUUCUUGUCAAGGAACAGCAUACUUUUGAGGAAAAUGACGGCUUUUUAUUUUGCAAUAAGCUCAUCUUCGGAGAUGGUCUUAUUUCGACGCUAGGGGAACAGCACCGAAAGCAGCGCAAAAUGCUAAACCCAGUGUUCUCCACUUCUAAUAUGCGGGAGCUCCUGCCCGUUAUUCAAACCAUUUCCCAUCAGCUAAAAUCCAUCCUCGUGUCAAAUCUUUCUGCCUGUAGUGAGCCUGAUCACGCACGAUACAGAGAGUUCGUAGAAGUCGAUGUGUUGCCCUGGCUCUCUCGCAGUUCUCUGGAUUGUAUUUGUGAGGGCGUGCUGGGCUACCAUUCAGCUGCACUAGACACAGGAAAUGAGGACGUAUACACAGAUGCUCUACGAAUGUUAAGUUCAUCCAUCACUAAAACCAUGAUAUUUCGACCUUGCGUUCCAAUAGUCAUGCGCAAUUGCUCUCUUUACUGGGGCAGAAAGAUAGUAGACUGGCUCACGAUAAGUUGGCUGCCGACGCAAACCAUGAAGAAUUUUAGGGAGCUACGUCACAUAGUCGAAAUCAUGGACUCGGGCAGUAAAGCCAUCUUGCAAGAGAAAAAGGCUGCGCUGCAGCUACCCCCUCCCCUAUUACAGACCCACGACACGUCGGGAGAAACAAGGGGAAAAGAUAUGAUGUCUAUCAUGCUCAAGGCAAACGCCUCAUCUUCCGAGGCAGAUAGACUAAACGAUGCUGAGCUUUUGGGACAAAUGAACGUUAUGAUUUUUGCCGGUCUCGAGACGACGUCGGUAGCAGUGGCUCGCGCACUGUACAUGCUUGCCAAGCACCCUCAUAUCCAGAAACAACUGAGGACGGAAAUUUGUGGUGCCUUGGCUGCAUAUCAAAUUCCUGACAUAGACCCUUCGCACGCCAAAGAUGACAGUGGUGCCAGACUGUCAUACGAUAUAUUGAUGAAUCUUCCUUUACUAAAUGCAGUUGUUCGAGAGACAUUAAGGCUCUAUCCAUCGUUACCUAUUCUCACUCGAAGAACUACAGAAGCAGCAUCAGUCCCAUUACAAUACCCUGUUCUGUCUGCAUCUGGCGAAGAGAUCGAUGUAGUCCAUGUGGCUAAAAACCAAAGACUGGUCAUAUCCAUCCUUGCUGCGAAUCAUAAUCAAGCUGUCUGGGGCGAAGAUGCAUCAGAAUGGAAGCCCGAUAGAUGGCUCAAAUCUUCUCAAGGGGUCAUACCUGGGGACAAGGACGCAGUAAAAUAUCCGGGUGUCUAUUCAUCUAUGAUGACCUUCCUUGCAGGCAAUCGUUCUUGCAUAGGCUUCAAGUUUGCUGAAAUGGAAAUAAAGGACGUAUUGGCCACUCUCCUGCCAGCCAUUCACUUUGCCCUGCCGUCGGAACCCGACGACAACGGGAUGUGA